AGAGCGCUAAUUACACUUGAUUCAAGUGCGGAAAUGACUUGUUUUGAUCCACAAAUGAUCGAAUUUCAAUGUCAGUUACAUGAAUCAUAAUUCCAUAGAUAUUGUACACAUAUCUUCUUAACAUACAAGUUAAUUAGCAUCCGACAUCCAGUUGCUUUUAUGUAAUCAAUUACAAAGCAUAGAGUUCUCCGUAACGCCACAUAGUCGACCAGAUCUGACGCUUAAACAUGAAAAGAUUGCUUGUAUAUUCGAUAGCAUGUUUAAUAUUGAAGUCAUUCGCGUGCGACAAUUGUUGCGAAAUUAAUUCGCGAAGAUUACCAUAUUAUAAAUUAAUGAAAUCUCACGCGCGCUCGAAUCAGUUCAUACUCGCUUCGGCAGUGGUUCAAACUGUGAAUGAGUGCAGGAAGUUCGCCUUGACGAAGAGAGCGUUGGCUUUUAAUUAUGGUUUAGAAAUGAAGCAUCAUGGUAACAAGGUAACGAGGAAAAUAUGCGAAGCACUUCAGUGCCCCGAGGUUCACAAUUUCACUGCUCUGGAGAAAAAUAGAAAUUACAAAUACUACAGCACGUACCCAAGCUUCAUUCCUGUAACUGGUUCUAGCUUUACGUUGGCCUGCAUCCCCAGGACAGGAAUGUUCGUGUUCUCAAGCAACAACUUGAAUUACAGUCAAGCUCAGAAUGCUUGCCAAAAGAUGAAUGCCUCGCUUGCUCACAUAAUUAGUGAGGAACGUACCAACGGACUGGCGAAGUAUAUUUCAUUGAACAUACCUGCUUUCGUUGGACUUAGCAAGCGUGACAACGAUAAAUUUUGGACCAAUGAAUUCAGUGAACUUUUUAAAAAUAUCAAUUACAAUAGUGGAAACUUAAUGAAACGCUGUCGUGCUUUAAUUAUCGUGCAUGGGGAAAGGGUGAACCAACGCAUUCGAAAGGAUGCGUCGGUUUGGUACAGCCGAUUAAAUCGCAACCCGGUCCUUUCUGGAAAGUCAUAUCCUGUGACAGCACGUUAUCCUUUAUUUGUGAAAUCCCACCGACUUAUCGAUAGAAACUAUUCUGGUAACUAUUACUGUAAUUUUAUAUACUUCAAUAAUUUAAUUAAUUGUAUAUAAUGGUUUAAGUAACAAUUGCAUUAACUCUACAUAAUAUAUAAUUUAAAAUGAAUUGUAUUUAAAAUAUUAACAAAGAGCAAAGUGAGUAUUUUGGAACAACAAUAAACAGAAGCAUUUUGAUAUUCUGGACCGAUUUAUCUUAUUUCUUAUGGGGAAAUUUUGAUACAAGAACUCUUUGGAAUACGAACACGUUUCCCGAACGAAUUACGCUCGCGAUCCAAGGUUCUACUUUAUUUACUCAAUCGAAUAUGCAUUAAGAACGCAAAUAUUAGUUAUGUACAGAAGUUUAAUACGGUUACAACGGUUAAUUAUUAUUCACAGAAGAAUUGUACUUAAUAAAAUUAUUUACAUGUCGAAAAUGUGUGCGCGGCUUCGAUAAAAAGGAAAAUACAAUUCAUCUCACUCUUCUUUGAUUAUAUACAAUUCUAAAACUACGUACCAAUAAAAAUUGUAUCUUUUCCAGUAUUUACUUAUCCUCUAUCACAUGCUUUCUAAUUACUUAAUGUCUAAGUACAUUCAUUAAGCAGUACCAAUACUUCAUUUAUCAUUUAAACACUUUAUCAUUUACUUGUAUGUAUAAUACCAAUUUGAUUAUAUCAAGUUUCAUUGCUUAAUAACAUUUGCAAGCAUUAGUAAUCCAAGAUAAGAAGAUAAAGUUUGAAGAUAUUAUGCAAGUAUAUAUACACAGAGU